AUGGGUCUAAUUAUGGCAAAAUUGUUUCAAAGCUGGUGGGUCGGAAAAAAGUACAAAAUCAUUGUAGUCGGUCUCGAUAAUGCUGGUAAAACUACCAUUCUAUAUAAUUAUAUGACGAAAGAUCAAGUUGAAACUAAACCAACGAUCGGAAGUAAUGUUGAAGAAUUGACGUAUCGGAAUUUGGAUUUUGUGAUUUGGGAUAUCGGAGGACAGGAGAGUCUCCGGAAGUCUUGGAGCACAUAUUACGUUCAAACUGAUGUGGUUAUUGUGGUGAUCGACAGUUCAGACACGACACGAUUACCAAUCAUGAAAGAACAACUACACAACAUGCUUCAACAUGAGGACCUGGCACGAUCUCAUAUUCUCGUUCUCGCUAACAAGCAGGAUCUGUCAGGAUCAUUGAAUCCAGCGGAAGUUUCCUUGCAGCUGGAUCUUCAGAUAUUACGAAAUAGAAAAUGGCAAAUAAAUGGAUGCUGUGCUGUAAAAGGGGAAGGACUUCCCGAGGCUCUCGAGUGGAUUGCGAAUAAUAUUUGA